GACUCGCUUCACCGCUGUCAGCAAUCCAGUCGAUGGGUGUGGAUCUGGUGGAUGACACUGACUGCACUAGACGUGAGAAAGACGCUGGUCGAGAUACUGCUGAGAAACAUCACGUCCUGUGCUGUUCUUAUUUGUUAAUAACGAAGGGGUCGUUGCUUGACUGCACCAGGUUGUUGCAACUGUUUUUAUGAGUUAGGAUUAGAUCGUGACUUCUGUUUUUGAGAUUAUCUUAUUACCCCCAGAGUGCACUUUGGACUUGUCUCCAGAGCAAAGGAGUGCAACACGAUGGAAUCAAACAAAAACGCAAAUGGGCACGGGUUACAGGAUGAUGAGGAUCUGCAGUUCCUUCUGAAGGGCAGCAGGCUCCAGAAAGUGAAGUCCAGCUCCUGGAAGAAGCUACGCUUCUACAAGCUGCAGGAAGACUGCAAAACCAUCUGGCAUGACUCCAAGAAGUUACUGAGCAGCCCUGACAAGCACACCUUCUCUAUCCAGGACAUUGAGGAAGUGCGUCCAGGCCGGCAGUCCGAGGGCCUGCAGAAGAACGCUGGAGACGCCCCGGAUGGCUGCUGCUUUUCCAUCUUCUUCAAAGGCCACAGGAAGAACCUGGAUCUGGUGGCCAGCUCCGAGGAGGAGGCUGUGCAGUGGGUCACGGGCCUGAAGAAAGUGAUCCACCUGUCAGACAAACUGAACAGCAAGCAGAAGCAGGAGCACUGGAUUUACAGCUGUCUCCGCAAGGCCGACGCGAACAACGACAACAAGAUGACUUUCAAGGAGCUCAAGCACUUCCUGGGCGAAAUCAACAUCAAAAUAGAUGACCUUUACGCAGAGAUGCUUUUCAAUGAGUGUGACAGAUCCCAUUCCAAAACGCUGGAAGGCUCUGAAAUCGAGGAGUUCUACAAGCGGCUGACCCACAGGAAUGAGAUCGAAGUGAUCUACUCGAAAUAUGCCGGCAGCAAGGGGAUGAUGAGUGUGGAGGAUCUGGGGAACUUCCUGAGGUUGGAACAGCAUGAAGACGUGGGGCCGAACGAAGUUGUCACACUCAUUGAGAAAUACGAGCUAAAUGAAGCAGCAAAGGAAAAUAAGCUGAUGAGCAGAGAUGGCUUCCUGAUGUACCUGCAGUCCAGUGACGGGCUGAUAUUGAACCCCACACACACCUUGGUGUACCAGGACAUGAGCCAGCCUCUCAGCCAUUACUUCAUCUCCUCCUCUCACAACACCUACCUGAUGGAGGACCAGCUCAAGGGACCCAGCAGCACCGAGGCCUACGUCAGGGCUCUUACAAAAGGGUGCCGCUGUGUUGAGCUGGACUGCUGGGAUGGACCCAACGGUGAUCCUGUGAUCUAUCAUGGGUACACCCUCACCUCCAAAAUACUCUUCAAAGACGUCAUCAAGACUGUGAAGGAGUACGCUUUCAAGAAUUCCGAGUACCCAGUGGUCCUGUCCUUGGAGACUCACUGCAGUGUGGACCAGCAGAAGGUGAUGGCCCAUCACAUGAAGACAAUCCUGGGGAGCAUGCUGCUGACCGCACCCCUGGAUGGUAAAAUGCCAACCAACUUCCCUUCCCCCGAGCAGCUGAAGGGGAAGAUCCUGGUGAAGGGGAAGAAGCUGCAGUCGCUGGAGCACAGCAUGACGAGCCCCGAGAGCCUGCAGGGGGAGGAGGAGGAUGUGUCGGAGGAGGACGAGGCUGCAGACCUGCAGGAGAAGGGCAAGCCCAAGAAAUCCAAACUGAAACUGGCCAGGGAGCUCUCAGACUUGGUCGUUUUCUGCAAAAGCGUUCAUUUCCCUGGCUUUGAGACUGCCAGGGAGACACAGGCUUUCUACGAGAUGUCUUCCUUCGCAGAGAGCAAGGCAUUCAAGUUAGCUCAGGAGUCAGCGAAUAGCUUUGUCAUUCACAACACCAGGCAGCUGAGCAGGACCUAUCCUAGAGGCACGCGGACAGACUCCUCCAAUUACAAUCCUGUAGACUUGUGGAACGCAGGCUGUCAGAUAGUUGCCUUGAACUUCCAGACCUCUGACAAAAGCAUGGAUCUGAACCAGGGCAAGUUCCAGCAGAAUGGAUUUAGCGGCUACCUUCUCAAACCCAGGUUCAUGCGAGAUGGGCAGACGCAAUUCAACCCCACGUCCAUCACGCAAGGGGAGUGGCUGACUCCCAAGAAACUCCAUUUGAUGAUCAUAUCAGGCCAGCAGCUCCCCAAGGUGAACAAGAAUAAGAACAAUUCCAUUGUGGACCCACUGGUCCGAAUCGAGAUCUUCGGGGUCCCGCGAGACGUGUGUUCAGAAGAGACUGAACACAUUGAAGAUAACGGGUUUAACCCGAGCUGGAACAAGAGCUUCCAGUUUGAUAUCUCGGUCCCGGAGCUGGCCCUCAUCCGCUUUGUGGUGGAAGACCACGACACCGCUACCCGAAAUGACUUUGUGGCGCAGUACACGCUGCCCUUCAUGAGUUUAAAAAACGGAUACCGCCACGUUCCUCUGCUGACAAAGGAAGGGAACCCCAUCGCUUCCUCCUCCAUCUUCGUACACAUCAUGAUCAUUGACCAGUAGAAACAGCUUCACACGGAAAGCCUUAAAAACCAAAGACUUUUACAAUCAAGCCUUCACAUUUUUAAUUCCUGUUGGGGUUUUUAAAAUGUUGUUAUCAUAUUUAAAUUUGUAUUGCUCUUUUUAUGUUAACCCUAGUUUUAUCUUCUUGAACAUUUAGGAGCAGCUUCUUUAUUCUUUUAAUGCCAUGUUUAAGGAAUGGUUAACUGGAGAGGAGUUUGUUAGUAUUUUAGAAGUGCACAUAGCUGAGAUUAUACAUGCAGUAGAAUGACUGCCUUCUUUGGUCCGGGCUGCCGCCGCAGUGAGUUACAGUAAGGAGUACACAGGGAGCUUGCAGCUCGUGAGAUGUAGUUUGUCUUUUUCCAAAUCAUGAAUUGGAAGAGAGUGUCUUGCAUUGUCAGUGAUUAAUGAUUAUAGGUUCAUUCGGUUUCAUGUUUUGUUUGUUCUACAUUUGAAUUCUGGCAGUCUGUUAAACUGACUUGUGCCUACUAGCAUUUGGCACUGAAAUAAAUCCAAUGUUUAAGAAAA